UCUCCUUCUCCUACGCUUGUUGUUCCAUCCCCUUGACUUCGAGGCGAACCUGUGUUGCCUUGAAUUCUUGAGCCUUCUCUUCUUCGCAUCUUCCCGCCCCUUGGUUUCACAAUUGUCUGGUACAUUCGUUUCGUUUCGUUUUUUCAACAUGAAGGCUUCUGCGACUCUCCUGGCGGCCGCCCUCUUCUACCAGGGCGCCGCCGCUUUGCCCUGCAAGGGCUCUUCUGCCGCCUGUGGUGCCGUCGGCUGGGCCGGCCCCACUCCGGUCAAACUCGCCGUCCGCGCCGACCCCGCCCCUUCCGCCUUCCCAGGCGCUGAGGGAUUUGGCCGCAACGCCAUCGGCGGCCGAACUGGCAAAGUCUACAAAGUCACUAACCUCAACGACUCCGGCACGGGCUCCCUCCGUGAUGCCGUCUCCCAGCCGAACCGUAUCGUGGUGUUCGACGUCGGCGGUGUCAUCAAGAUCGAUGCCCGCAUUGUAGUGUCCAAGAACAUCUAUAUUGCCGGCCAGACCGCUCCAGGAGGUGGCAUCACCGUCUAUGGCAACGGUUUCUCUUGGUCAAAUGCCAACGAGGCCAUCGUACGUCAUAUCAGAAUUCGAAUGGGCAAGUCCGGCGACAGCGGUAAAGACGCCAUCACCAUCGCCGACGGCAAGAACCUCAUCUUCGACCACGUCUCCGUCUCCUGGGGCCGCGACGAGACCUUUUCCAUUUCGGGCGAUGUCAGCAAUGUCACAAUUUCUUCCAGUAUAAUCAGCCAGGGAUUGGAAACCCAUUCAUGCGGAGGACUCAUGCAGACUGAUGGCGGUGUCUCGCUCUUCCGCAACCUGUACAUCGACAACAAGACCCGCAACCCCAAGGUCAAGGGAGUCAACGACUUCCAGAACAACGUCGUCUACAACUGGGGAGGAGGAGGCGGCUACAUCGCUGGCGACUCCGACGGUGCGAGCUACGCCAACAUCAUCAACAACUACUUCAUAUCCGGGCCCUCCACCUCCGUCACGGCCUUCACGAGGGGUAACGCCAACUUCCGCGGCUACGUCAAGGACAACUUCUACGACUCGAACCGCGACGGCGCCCUCAAUGGUGCCGCUCUUUGCGUAUCGACCACCUGCUACUCCAACAUGGCCAUCCAGACCACCCCCUUCGCCUACCCGGCGCCGGCGAAGCUUUUGACGCCCGCCGACGCCGUCGCCCACGUCGUCUCCAAGGUGGGCGCCUCCAUUGCUCGCGACGCCGUCGACACCGCCCUCGUCAAGGAGCUCACGUCCUACGGCAAGUCUGGGAAGCUCAUCUCCGACGAGGCCUCCAUGGGCGGCGUCGGCACCAUCGAGGCCGGCACGGCCAAGAAGGACACGGACGGCGACGGCAUUCCCGACGAGUGGGAGACGGCGAACGGUCUGAACCCCAACGAUGCCUCGGACGGCAUGAAGAUCGGCGCUGGCGGGUACGCCAACCUUGAGAUUUAUGUCAACUCGCUCGCCCCGGCCGUCUACUAGAUAUGGAUCGCCCGUCCGGGGGAUUGGUGGUAGCACCGGGUCCUUCACGUUCGAUGAUGGAUCCCCUUGGCUUUACAAAGCCCUCACUUUCACUCUAUUUUCUUGUUUAUAACUGCGCACCGUCUAUAUUCUAACGAGGUACAUAUACCUAUUUCACAUGAACAUAUGUUAAUUCUUUCCACGACAUUUGCUCACUGAACAUUUUCUUGGCUGCUACAUCAGUAACCUAGCAAUCU